AACUGCCUUGUGCUGCCGGAGUCCAAGGAAAACACACAACAGUUUCAGACCGACGAGUGGCAGUGCACAUCUCUCAAUGCGAAUCAACCGGCCAUGACAAAAUGGGAGAUUAAUCGACACAUUUAGCGCCUGAUGAUGCUUCCGAGCCCGGUUACAUCAACGCCGUUUUCUGUGAAGGAUAUACUGAAAUUGGAACAGCAGUCUCACCUUCAGUCUCUGCACCCAGCGCAAUACCACGCACAGCUUCAUCCGGAACCGCAGGAAAGAUUUCAGACACCAUCAUCCAGUUUUCUCGGAGGUAGAGACAGCCCCGGCUUCUCAGACGGCGAGGACAAGAUGUCUUUUCUGAACUCCUUCUCCAUGCAGGAUAGCUUAGUGGAGAGCAGCCUUUCACCUCCCAUGUUCGUCCAUCCGGCACUGGGACACGUCGACACCAAACUUGAAGAUGAACUUGAGGACCAUGAAACAAAAAGCUGCUGUGCCAUCAUAAGGUCCCCGGAGUGUGAGGCUGACGCGCAAUCGGACACAGAGCGAGCGCAGCGGCAGAGGACGCGACGCAAGCCUCGGGUUCUCUUUAGCCAGGCACAGGUCUUCGAGCUGGAGAGGCGCUUUAAGCAGCAGCGCUAUUUGUCGGCUCCCGAGAGAGAACAUUUGGCUAGUACCCUGAAAUUGACAUCGACGCAGGUCAAAAUUUGGUUUCAAAACCGUAGAUAUAAAUGCAAGCGACAGCGUCAAGACAAAACACUGGAAAUGGCAGGACACCACCAUCCGCCGCCACCAAGGAGAGUGGCCGUGCCCGUGCUGGUCCGGGAUGGCAAGCCGUGUUUAACGGGAUCACAGAGUUACAACGCCACGUACGCCGUGAACCCUGGUCCAUACAGUUAUAAUGGUUAUUCGUCUUACAAUAACGCCGCGUAUACAAACCCUUACAGCUGUACGUAUCCCAGCCUUCCGCCACUUCCAACCAACACAUCUACCAAUGCAUUGAUGAGUAUGAGUCUGAACAACCUCGGAACAUAUUCCCAACCCCAGACAUCACAAGGGACGGCUGUGUCGGCCUGUCAAGGGACUUUGCAGGGUAUUCGUGCAUGGUAGAGACAUUACAAUCCUUCUCACUGUACAUAAAGGACAGCUUGAUAAUAUUAAAAGACAGUUACCCAUGUUUAUAGGCCUAUAACUUGUAUCACUAAGAAGAUGCGCAGGGAUACGCUGUGUAAUUUACCGUUUCAGUAUAUAAACUUCAGUAUAUGAUUUUCCUCCAGCAACCCUUUCAAGAUGGCUGAACGAACACAAAUAAAUUCUGCAAAUGAACAAAUUGAGGCCAGUUUACGGCACAAUUAUCCCAGGGUAAUACUAAACAUCAGUUUUACUUACCACAUAUGAAACGUGUGCUAGAUCACAUUUUUUGGACAUCCAUUCCAUGACCACUUGAUCUAUCUUUAGACUGGCACCAUGGUAUUAAUACAUUUGCUUUCUUCGUUACUGCACAUGGUGAUGAACAUUUAUACCUGAGACUGUUAUGGAAAUUGACAACGGUGUGUUUUCAUGCAAACCUACUUUGCAGAAAUAAAAACAUUAAACUUUGUUUUAAAUUUUGCAA